AGCUCAGAAGUGUUGGUUUGAGGAGCAGCUGUUUAUACAGAGACGUCAUGGAAAUACCAGGCGACUUGUGGUCGCAUUUCACGUUUUCUCUGGUGUCCUGAUGGACCCCGACGGACACGUUCACAAAUCGCGGCAAUAGGGGCUCUGUCUGCGCGGGUGCAAGCCCGGAGCACUGCUUGAGCGCAGGAUGUAUUUGUGCAGGUUGUCUGUCCGGUACCUGUUCUUCGGCGUAUUCAUCCGAAAAAAUUUCGUUUCCGCACUUCAUGUCCUGCGAAAUGUCGGGAAGAAAAACUGGGGGACGCGGCAGCGGCUUCAACAGCGCGUUUCUGUCGCCCGAGAAAAUGAUCAUGCCGUUGCAAAGGAGCAACAGACGCCUGGUAGCGUGACGCUCACGGCAAAAUUCGCCGUGUCCACCGCGUCUAAUCCUAAUCAAGAAAAGAAUGCGGACCCCGCGUACGCCGUGUUUCUGGACGCGCUGCGUUCCACCUGGUUCCCACUUCCAAAUUCGGCUUCGUCAGGUACUACUGCCCUCCACGAAAAAUCACGGGCGGAUCCGAAGUGUGGCCCCCCCGCAGACGACGUGCAGUUCCCGUCUUCGGCCGACGUUCAAUGGGUGUGCGACCUCAUGACGCAGAACAACAGUUCGUAUCUCGGGCACCUGCACUACAAGCGGCUUGGCCCGACGGAAGCGUCGGACUACGUCGGGGAUCCCCCAGCGCGGUCGGAGCUAAACGUAUCCGACUGAACAUGAAAAUUGUUGCUCUUUUUGCAACAUAGACACCCAAAGCAACAUGACUUGGUGCAGCGAAUCUUGUGUUUCCAGAGGACUAGCUAGUACUUGCGACCUGUUUAUAGUGGGCAAUUCGCUUGCACACACUGCAACUCGGACGUGCAGUAGUAAUUUAAGUUGCGAAACAAGGAGAGGUAUGACGGCUAGGAGCGUCAAAUACAAUUUUCAAUUCGAUAACGCGUCACACACAAUUUUGUUUUCUGCAAAAACGACGAUGUGGACGUGCAAAGUUGCACCGUGAACCAGUACUGCCAGCCGUGCAUGAAUGCCAUAGAUCGGUGCUACGAUAAAGUAAAUCGCAUGAUUAUCACCGUCGACUGCGAAACUGCGUAAGUAGAGCUACAGUAGGGGCAUGUCCUCUACGACGCACUCGAUCUCGAACUACUACGGCGUCCUCGGAGCACAUUAACCUGCACGACCGGGAAAAUGGAAUACCGCUACGAGUUCUCUUUGGGAGACUCCUGCACCGCCCGUUUUGAGGUGAUUUCAAGAAUCACUCGGAGAGUUUCGGUUUUUAUAGAGAAAUAAUGUCGCAAUAACGGGUGAGAAAACUACUCUAUCUGGAUCUGUUGUAUGAUAGUAGAAAAUGACAAGGAUGCCGACGUUUCAUAUGGACCGAAAGAAAAGGUCAAUGUCAUGUGGCCUCAGUGAAAAAAUGAAUGCAGCAUUGGUGUCAAUGUUGUUGAAAAUUUGGUCCCGCUCCUUAUGAAGUUGCGGGAAAAUCUCGCCGAUAGUUCAAAACUAACUCCGUGUUCGUCCACUCCAUGCCAAAGAAAGUGGGAAUAACAAACCUGCUUCGUAGUUUCUUGUUUUGAGAAAUUAUCUGAUUCGCUGCGUUUGCCUAUCGUUCUUACCAGGGAGAGGGGAUAGUCAUUGCAUGCUCGUCGAUGCUAAAAAGAUGUGCGAGCGCGCGUUGUUUUGAGCCACUUCCUUCUUUCUGCUUGCGUCACCGCUGAUGAAUGUAGGAAAUGUACGCCAAGUUUGGGAAUUUCGCGAGCAGCAUCGCGCAGACGGGACAACGGUUUUCGUGGCAGAGAUGUAGGUACAUGGCGCAGCAGUGGCGGGAUCGCUGGUCGUGGUACCGCUUCUGGCAAAUCAGGUACGGAUCUUCCUCGAACGCAUAAGCUGCACUGUAGACAUUUUUGCACUUUGAGUGCGCUCUGGUGAAGAUGCAAAUACCUCUGUGAGUCGUGUUAAUAUGUAGUGAGGUCACCGAACGGUUCUAACCAGGGAG